AUGUGCACAGAGUGCCCCUCGUCCUUUUGUUUUGACUGCCUCGAUCCACGCUACUUUGAACUGGACGCGGCGGGGGCGCAGUUUGUUCACAUUAGACGCGAGUAUCCGGGGAUGGAGGCGGAGGGGAUGGGGCCGCGACGCUCCAUCUACUACGUCACCUGCCUCCGCUGCUGCGGUGUGUUGUCCUCCUCCUCGUCGUCCUCCUCGUCCUCGUCGUCGUCCUCCUUAGAUGAGACAGGCAGUGACGCCGUGAGCGACGAUGAGGACGAUGUUCUGCAGGAGGAGGUGAGUGCCACGCGCAGCGUGGAGGAGGUUUAA